GCCCGGAGCCGCGGUGGAGCCGUGCCCAGCGGGCGGCGGAGCCGCGCCCGCGCCCCCGCCCGCCGCCGCGAUGCUGCUGUCCAAGUUCGGGUCGCUGGCGCACCUGUGCGGGCCGGGCGGCGCGGACCUCCUCCCGGGGAAGACCCUGCCGCCGGGCAAGGCGGACAAGGAGAGCUUCGAGAAGGUGUACCAGGUGGGCGCCGUGCUGGGCAGCGGCGGCUUCGGCACCGUCUACGCGGGCACCCGCAUCGCCGACGGGCUCCCGGUGGCCGUGAAGCACGUGGUGAAGGAGCGGGUGACGGAGUGGGGCAGCAUCGGCGGCGUGGCGGUGCCGCUGGAGGUGGUGCUGCUGCGGAAGGUGGGCGCGGCGGGCGCGCGCGGCGUCAUCCGCCUGCUGGACUGGUGCGAGCGGCCGGACGGCUUCGUGCUGGUGCUGGAGCGGCCCGAGCCGGCGCAGGACCUGUUCGACUUCAUCACGGAGCGCGGCGCCCUGGCCGAGCCGCUGGCGCGCCGCCUGUUCGCGCAGGUGCUGGCGGCCGUGCGCCACUGCCACGCGUGCGGCGUGCUGCACCGCGACAUCAAGGACGAGAACCUGCUGGUGGACCUGCGCUCCGGCGAGCUCAAGCUCAUCGACUUCGGCUCCGGCGCGCUGCUCCGGGACACGGUCUACACCGACUUCGACGGCACCCGCGUGUACAGCCCCCCCGAGUGGAUCCGCUACCACCGCUACCACGGCCGCUCGGCCACCGUGUGGUCGCUGGGCGUGCUGCUCUACGACAUGGUGUGCGGCGACAUCCCCUUCGAGCAGGACGAGGAGAUCCUGCGGGGCCGCCUCUUCUUCCGCCGGAGGGUCUCCGCAGAGUGCCAGCAGCUCAUCCAGUGGUGCCUGUCGCUGCGGCCCUCGGAGCGGCCCUCGCUGGACCAGAUCGCCGCGCACCCCUGGAUGCUGAGGGCGGACGGGGCCGCCGAGAGCUGUGACCUGCGGCUCUGCGCCCUGGACGCGGACGACAGCGCCAGCACCACCUCGAGCAGCGAGAGCCUGUGAGGAGGGACGGCGUCUGCCCAGCCGGCCGCAGGGCUCCUCCGGCCGUCUGCCCGGACAGCAGUGACCUCUGACCCGGUGACCGUCACCUUGGCACUGGGCGGCUCCUUUGCUUUGAGUGCCUUUCGAACGCUGCUCUCACGGGACUGGGUUUGCUCAGCUGUCUGUCCAAAGACCCCAGGGCGGUCCGUCUGUCCAGGCGGUGCUGGACCCGAGCCUGUCCCUGUCCUGUGCUUCCGGAGGCGCCCGGGCCAGGCUGGACCAGGAGCACGUGUGCCCCAUGGCCUUGUCUGGACCACGAGCACGCGUGUCCCGUGGCCUCCUCACAGCCCAGGGUCCUCGUGCCCACCUCCCGCACCGCCUCCGGGUGUCUGCGGGCGUCUGUGCACAAGCAAUGCAACGCGCAGGCUCUGCGCCGGCACAGCGCCCCGUCUGUGUGCGGCAAGCCUGCGAGCGUCUAUUUAUGGUGACCCCGCGGAGGGCUAUUUAUUGUUAAUUUAUUUGUCGGGGUCCUCCCUCUGCGGGGCCCCUGGGGCGGGUGGCUGUGUGGACCCCAGCCGGCCCCACCUGCCUCUGGCGGGUGGGCUUGUACAGUGGCUAAUUUAAGGGGUGGGUGACCCCCGUGGGGCUCUGCACCCGGGAGUGGGUUUAAAUUAUUGACCUGUACAGUCUGCUUGUUGCUCGGAGGGCGGGGGCGGGGGGCGGGGGCGGGGGCGGCAGAGUCUCAGGCCGUUAAUUUAUUUUAGCAGCUGUUUGUGGUCCUGGGCACCGGGACGGGGUUCUUCCGUUUAAAAGCAAGAUGUCUGGAAAUGGUAUUUUUUAUACAAGCAUUUCAUUAAAUUGUUUUGUAUA